UAACAACGUGCAGGACUCGAAACAGGGUGGCAUCCUCACAUGUAAGAAGUUCUACCAAGUUGUAGACUUAUCAUAGGAGUUGCCGAACCCUGAACCACGCUUUACUCCUAAGACUCCAGAAAAAGGAAAUGUGCUUGAACCAAAUCAAAGACAGAGAAUUCUCCAUUUAGCUAAUUUUCGUCUAUCAGACCGUGUACCUACUUCAGAGACUUGUCCUUCUCUGUAAUCUUAAAGGUGGGUCAACAAAGAAAAGUUGGGUAAGCAACGUGUGGAAACUAACAAUUAUGAAAAGUAUUUUUGCCCUUCAAAUACGCUAUAAUCAUGUCAUCACAUGACUGACUUAGCUCUUUAGAAGAUCUACAUAUACAGCCUGCUGUCUACAUUUCUAUAGUCGCAAUUCAGAAAUCUGGAGAUAAAUUCUAGAAUCUCAGUUAUAUCAGGAUAGUGAACAAUAUUUGGUAUUUUGGUUUAGUUUAAUAAAGUUGGUUUUAUUAGGAAACUCUAUGUCAGGAAGUCGGUAGAUUUGUGUUAGGAAACUAUUGUGAGCAGCAGUAGUAUUUAAAGGGUGUUAGGUCUUGAGUUCUGUUUGUGAAAAACUACAUAUCAACUUGAAUUCUUUCUUUGGUCUGCUAUUAUGGCAAACAUGAGUUGUGUAAUAGUAGUGCUCAUUGUUUGGAUUGCGAUGGCAGCAAUUGCUGAAAGCAAGAUUGAAGAGGUGAAAAACUGGAAAGAUAAUCUAAGUUUAGGGGAAGAAAAGAUGACAAAGCUUCACUUCUACUUCCAUGACAUAUUGAGUGGGAAGAAACCAAGUGCGGUACAAAUUGCACAAGGUAAAGACACUGAUAAAUCUCCAACUUUCUUUGGAGUUCUGAUGAUGGCUGAUGAUGCAUUAACUGAAGGACCUGAACCAACUUCUAAACUUAUCGGCCGAGCACAAGGACUGUACGGUUCGGCUGGACAAGAGUCUUUGGGCUUGAUUAUGUCUAUGAGUUUUGGAUUCACUGAAGGUGUUUACAAUGGUAGUACACUUAGCGUUAUGGGUAGGAAUGCAGCUAUGAAGCCGGUGCGUGAGAUGCCGAUUGUUGGUGGAACCGGCGUGUUUCAGUUGGCGCGUGGAAAUGCUGUGGCUAAGACCCAUUGGUUUGACGGCACUACUGGUGAUGCCAUUGUUGAGUAUAAUGUUACAGUUCUUCACUACUGAUUUCUGUAGUAUAAUUUAUUACUAAUUAUUUGUAUUGAUUAGUGUUUUAUUAAUCUGUGUUUUGAACUGGUUAAGUUUAACCAAGUCCUUGAUUUUACAUGAA